AGCACGUUGUAGACGAAGCUCUAUGCCGAUCGUAAUUGCUUGAUUUGAAUUUAGUUUAUUUUUUUUUUUAAUUUUCGAAAUUAUUCAAAUUUCUUAAGUUAUGAGUUCUAGUGACGAAGAUUCCAUCAUUGCACAACUGAAGCGUUCGGUUGAGGCCAUUGUGGCCAAGACAGGACCCAAUAGCAAAUUUGCGGAAGAUCUGAUGCAAAAAAUUGGGAAAUUGCAGACCAAAAUGGAAUCGCUCACUGAAAGCGAUCGUCAUAAAUUCAUUAGCGAGAUGAAGGGAUCCUUUCAGGAAGCAAUUGCCCGAAUCGAGCGUCGUUUGUUGACGCAUUCGAAUUUGGCCCAAACCUUUUCAACCUCUAUAUUUGUAGCUGUGAUAUUUCUCAUCGUCUCAGUAUUCGCUCUAUUUGGCUUUAAGCUCUACAAAUCGUUGACGGAAAAGGAGCUGAAGAAGCAGGAGAAACUUAAGAGCAAACAACAAAAAAAAUCCAAGAAGUCCAAUUAAUCAAGUCUAUAUAGUUUCUAAUACUUCCGGAUAACUCUCUUGUAAUAAAGUCAAGCAGUAGAUUCAUUAAAUUUAUAUUAAAUUGAGAAACUUGCACUUUUCUUAAAUGCAAAUCAUAUUAUUUUCCUGUAAAUGAUUAAAUUGUACAAGUAUAUAAUUAUGCGUAUUGCUUAAUAUACAAAUUAUAUAGAUUGAAA